AGUUCGUGGUGGAGGCCUUCACUUUCCCUUGCUGUGUGCACCUUGAGGUGUCUUUUGCUUGGAUUGCAGUGUUUCUCUCACACAUGGUGUAUUUUCUGGACCCCCUCCCCUCUGUCCUGCAGUAGUCCAGCUCGCUGUGAUCUCCAUAAGAUGUGGCACUGUGGAUGAAGACUCCCCGCGCUCUUGCCCAGAUGACAACAACACAGCGAGCAGAUUAUAGUCACUGUUCCACAGUCCAUCUUUUAUAUGAAUUUGCAUCACAAUGGAAUGUGGAUUGAUCCGUGCCCUGUGAUUCUACUGUGCAUGGAUCUCAGGAGGAUGUAGAGAGCAAAUACCCCCUGCUCUGAAAGCAUGCAAUAUUCACCCGCUUCACGGCCGGGACCGAUGUGUCAUCAGCAGCUCGGGCUGCAUGGACCGGCCUUGGGUCCAGACGUGCUCUUCGGGGAAUGUAACGCAAUUUUGCUUGGGAACUGGACAUUUUUAGUCAUGUGUGAGUCAGGACCGAAAGUGGGACGUCUCCUUUAGACUGGACAGGAAACAGCAGUUUCUUAUUCACUUCCCUGCAGUCUGACUGUGUUGUUGGCUGGGGUGAGGACCUGGUCAUAACCUUGCCUGUUGUAUUGACAUUGGUGUGGAACAUAGAGGCAUAGAUAACAGUGGCCACUUGUACAGGAUAGCGAGCAGCAGUCCCUUAUGGGCUUAUUUUUUAGGACUUUUGCUUAAGCACAUACUCAGCUCAGGAGUUGAGUAUGUGAAGGCAUUGGAGAUCAUCCAAUCAGUCAUGCUUUGUCAUGGCUGAUACCUUAUGUGUUGCUCACAUCACAGUGCAUGCUUACAGAUGGAAGCUUAACUGAAAUAAUUUCUGCAGCACAUCAGCAACAAGACAAGCAGCUUUUUGCGUGACGCUCAGAGAGGCCGUGUUGUUGGUGUGACGCGUCGCCAUGCUGAGGAGGGGUUCACUCGCCUGGCUGUCCCGUAUCGGGCUGGUGCUGGUGUUGCUGUGCUGCACCGCCUCCCUUCUCUACGUCAACACCUGCGGCCCCCACCAGGAGGACGGGCUGGGGGUCCACGCUCUGCCCCGGGCAGGAGGUGGGGGCGGUGGGGGAGGAGGCGGAGUGGCCGGUGCCGGGGCAAGUGGUCCAAGCGGGGGACCCACGGGCCGCGAGGGCUACCAGGCCCUGCUGCAGGAGCACGAGGACAAGCACCGGUUCCACAUCGCCGCCCUGAAGAAGGAGAUCGCCCAGCUGAAGGAGGCCUUGCAGGAGCGCAGCGAGCAGCUCAAGGGCGUCCAGGAGUCCCUGGAGCGGGCCGCCGGAGGAGGAGGAGGAGGUGACGCCGCCGCGCCGGCCGCCAACGAGAAGAGCCCCAACGCCGACCUCCAGGAGUUCCUGCGCAGCCAGCUGAGCCAGGCGGAGGUGCACCAGGGCACGCGGCUGCCCAGCGAGUACGCGGUGGUGCCCUUCGAGAGCUUCACUUUGCAGCGUGUCUACCAGCUGGAGAUGGGCCUCACGCGCCACCCCGAGGAGAAGCCCGUCCGUAAGGACCGGCGCGACGAGCUGGGCGAGGUGAUCGAGAAUGGCCUGCAGGCCCUCAAUGCCCCGCGCAAUGCCGGAGGGGACAGGACCCUCAGCAAAGUCUACGCCCCAUCGGACUUCAUUGAGGGAAUUGCACGGACAGAGAAGGACAAGGGGACGCUGUACGAGCUGACGUUCCGCGGUGACCAGAAGCAGGAAUUCCGAAGACUGAUGCUGUUCCGUCCUUUCGGCCCGCUGAUGAAGGUCAAGAAUGAGAAAGUGGACACGGCCAGCGUCAUCAUUAACAUUGUGGUUGCUCUGUCCCAGAGAGCUGACAAAUUCCGGCAGUUCAUGCACAACUUCAGGGAGGUGUGUGUGAGGCAAGACAAACGGAUUCACCUCACCGUGGUCUACUUCGGGAGGGACCAGAUGAGCGAGGUCAAGGGAACCCUCGAGAACACCUCCAGGGAGAUGAACUUCAAGAACUUCACCUUGAUCCAGCUGAACGAGGAGUUUCGGGGCCGCGGCCUGGACGUCGGUGCACGGGCGUGGAAGGGGGGCAACGUGCUCCUCUUUUUCUGCGACGUGGACAUCGUCUUCACGGUGGACUUCCUCAACACCUGCCGUCUGAACGCCCAGGCCGGUAAAAAGGUCUUUUACCCUGUUCUGUUCAGCCAGUACAACCCUGCAGUCAUCUACGGCAGUCAUGAGCACAUUCCUCCAGUGGAACAACAACUGGUCAUCAAGAAAGACACAGGCUUCUGGAGAGAUUUUGGCUUUGGCAUGACGUGCCAAUACCGAUCCGACUUUAUCAACAUAGGCGGUUUUGACGUGGACAUCAAGGGCUGGGGCGGCGAGGACGUGCACCUGUACCGCAAGUACCUGCACAGCAACCUACUGGUGGUGCGCGCGCCCUCCCGCGGCCUCUUCCACCUGUGGCACGAGAAGCACUGCGCUGACCAGCUGCCGCCGGACCAGUACAAGAUGUGCAUGCAGUCCAAGGCCAUGAACGAGGCCUCGCACGGUCAGCUGGGCAUGCUGCUCUUCCGCCACGAGAUCGACGCGCACCUCCGCAAGCAGCGGGCGCGCACCAGUGCCAAGAAGGCCUGAGCGGGUGCGCGGGUGUGCGGACGGACAGUGGACAUGGGAGCGGAUAGUUGAGAUGGGAGGCAGGCAGCAGGAUGAAGACUGUGUGUGUCAUGGGCCCCACCAUCUCUUGCAACAGGAUAAUCACAUGCAAAGCUCCAAAGACAAACGACACAGCUAGCAUCAUAUGCUAACAUGCUAUGUAGGGAGUUUGUGAAAAUCGCCUGGGAAGUCUGACUAGACUUGAAGGCAAAGUUUUUUGGACUUUGUGUGAAGGGAUGUAACAAUACAAUUGUUUAGGAUGAGGAUCCCGAGUGCUGUUUGGAAGACUUGCGAUCUCUCUUAAAUGAUUCGAAGAUUACAGAUGCACUUAUUCUUACAUGUUUCCAAAGUUUCAAAGAAACUUGCUUUUGGUGUUAUUUUACAUCUAUCAAAGAAACUAGGUUUGUCAUCCUCAAGAAAAGUAACACAUGGACAGGAAACUAGAGGAUCAAAGGUGAAGACCGUAAGACAAAAGGUCAAUAGGUCAAGACUGUAUUUAAUUCAGAGUCCUGUGACUAAAGUGCUUGUUAACCUCACUUCACUAGUUCGCCCGUCGGUAUGAUUGCUAUACUGAGUGUAUAAGCUAAGCGCGUGUUUGGCAUGGUAGCUGGUGAGACUUGUUUGAAGGCUGCCUGCUGUCUUGUGACUGACUACACAGAACAAGGGCCACUAGGAGGACUGUAGAGCCUUGGUUACAGUGACCUCUAGUGGUGUUUUGUGAGGCUCAUUGGAUUCAUGAAAAGAGAAAGAAAGAAUAGAUUGUAUUAUAUUUUAUUUUGCUGAGACAUAUUUUAGAUUUUUCUACUAUAAAAAUUACAUUCUAACAGUUUUGCUACAUUCGUGGUGAACUUGAAAACUGCUACACUUAUAUUAUUGUAACUUGUAGUACUGCAAUUUUCACAUGUGAUGACAUUGACAUGGCUUACUGGUGUUCCAUAUUUCCUGUCCACGUGGAGCUUAAGUAGCUAUUUUUUAUUCAAGACAUCUUGUAACUAUUUAUAUAUGCCUGACCAUGUAUUCUUUUUCAACAAAGAGAAUUUUCACAUACAGAAAGUGUGCAUAAUAUAGGCUACUCUACAAAUGUGCUGUAGUUUUUGACACAUUUUACAGUGUACAGACAAAGGAACUGAAAAAUUGAGUGCAGCUUGUUCACAUAUUGUCAGCUGUCAAUGUGUGCCAACUGAACAUUUUUCUGCUGAGAAUAUGUUUUUGUGUCUUCCUAAAGUAGGAAGUGGUUAGACUAUACCAUUGUCAAUCAGGGAGUUCAAGACCAUGAAUAAAACAAAAGCAACGUCUGUAGAACAGAAGUGGACAAAGACUACAUAGAAAACAGUCUGUAACAACAUUUCUUGUUCAAAUCUUAACAAAUGCAGUGGCUGUGUGUGACAAGACCUUUUUUUUUAAAGGUCUGCCUAUUCUUCUGCAUGUACACUGAUAUAUCUUAUAAUGUAUGGCUGCAGGAACACCACACACACACACACACACACACAAUGACGACGAGCUCAAAGAGCUAUAACUCACCGCUGUCUGGUCAUUGCUGACUUGUGCUUUCAUGGAGAUUGUGCAGACACACAGACACACACACACACACACCAUCUAUUCUCCUUGUGGAAUGAUAGUGUUGGCUUCCAUUUUGCCUCUGUGCCAAACUGUAAUUGCCUUGUCUGCAAGCGUUGCUUGUUUUUUUUAUACAUUACAAAAAGAAAAGAGAAGUACUCAGCAAAGUAUUGUUUGUAAAUGUACAGUAUAUUAAGUAUAAUAACUGAGGGGGAUGAUUAAGUUGACUUUUGCUGUUUGAGCUACUGGACAAUAUCACCAUAAUGAACGAUGGCAUUGGCUUGAUCACGACAUGAGAAGUAGAUAUGUUGAGUUGAUGACAUAGUGCUGGUCUGGUGUACAAGUCCCCAGCAGUGAGUGCCAUUCUCAGGGUGCUGCUACAGUGUUGGCUGAAGCACUGCUUUCACUGUACCUUUGUAUAGAUGACCAAAUGUUGUUAACAAAACAAUCUAACUUAUUAAAAUUGCACUUUUGUUGAAUACUGUAUUAAAUGCAUUUUGCUCUCUGUAUUUCUUUUUUUUAUUUUAUUUUUUUAUUUUAUUUUAUAAAAAAUAGAGACACAAAAUAUCAGACAAUUUCUUUUGGAUUUGUUUGCUGGUUGAGAUAUAUAUAUAUAUAUAUGUGUGAAGAUUAGGUUUCAGUUAUACUGUAGUACAGACUGUUUUGUUUUAUUGGGUCAAAGACUCAAAUAAAGAAAGAUUAGUUCAUUUGUA